AUGCUCAUUCUGUUUCUUCUGACGACGACUCUUGCCGCGGAAGUCGUCGUUAAGAUGACUCCGAAGGCAGUUGCUCACGUCUUCAAAAAGGAAAUGUCUGCUCUUCACAAAUCAGUUCUUCAUCUCAAACCACCACCAUUUCAAGCCACCUAUCUCGGUCUUGAGGUGACAAUUGACCACCUUCAAGUCGUUGAUUUAAAAAUGCCGAGGCUUACUUAUGAGACAUCCACGUCAUCAUCCCAAAUGACAUUCAAAUUAAUCGGUGGAUCUGCCCGCCUUCUCGGACAAUACUCGGCUGUCUACAAAACGAAACGAGAGGGACAAUUCGAAAUGAAUCUCGAACAUUUCCAUUUAUCUGUUCCGGUGCAACGAAACUCAUUGACGAAAUUUGCUGUCUCUUCUGAUUUGUGUACAUUGGAAGUUGAUGAAUCUAUUAUCACAAUGAGACCAGUUCUCCCAGAACAAAUAUCUGAAAAGAUUCGAUUUGAUCUGUUGGAACAACUUCGAUUGGCUUCUUGCACGAAGGCCACAUCGUUAUUCGCCAAAAUGAAUAGCAAAUUGAUGCACUUCGCAGAGGCAACAGAUAUCAGUCAAGGAGGACAUCCAUCUCAUAUCAACGUGGAACUUCAAUUCCAGAAUCCAACAGCAGAAGAUGAUUCUGCAAUCCACGUGGAUGUGUCUGAAAGUGUUAUCAAUGCUGAACUUUCUAAACUGUACUCUACUGCAAACACUAGAUUCAUCUGGAAUGAUGUGCCCGAGAUUAAGGAUCUUUUGAAGACUUGCAAGGCUUCUGAAUGCAAAUUUUUCGAGGAUGGAGACAUUGUUUCAUCGUUCUUCGAUCGUCCAUCUGUCAGAAUUCACUCGGAUGAUUCCAUUUCUCUCCGACUUCCCCUUUCCACAUCAUUGACAACUACCGGUGGACAAGAACUAUUCCGAAUUCAAACAGAAGUCAAUCUCAAUUUGGAAGACGUCGUUUUGGAGCAACCAGAAAAUGGAGAUGUCUCAUGGAGUGCAAAGUUCCGUGUCAAAGAUAUCAAUAUUCUCCAGACGUCGAGCUCCAGAAAUUUCCAAAAGUUCGCGACAACUAUGGAGUCGUGGAUUGAUGGUCAUAAGGGAUUUUUAGAGAAUCUCUUGAACACAUACAUUCGUGGAAGUCUUCCAGUUCAUCUCAGAUCCCCACUGGUCUGGACGCAUCGUCUUCAUGCUCGUCCAAACUUUUCCACGUCAUCUCUCAACUUCCUUGUCCAUCCACACUUCUCACCACCACUUCGGGUGCUCGCCUAG